CUAACAUGGAUUUUGUUAAUGAUUUUUACAAAAAUAUAUCUCGCCGUUACGUCCUGUUGCAACUGCUCCCCGAAAAAUUUUCGACAACGCUAAAACAAUAAAUUCUGUAGUGAAGCACUAGCCCAAACACGACGGUAGCACUCGGUUCUACAAUGGCAGCCAGCGAUUCAGCGGGCGAUGAUUCUUUAUAUCCAAUCGCUGUACUCAUCGACGAACUCAAAAACGAGGACGUACAGUUACGUCUUAAUUCAAUAAAAAAAUUAUCAACCAUAGCAUUGGCAUUGGGUGUUGAACGUACACGUACGGAACUGAUUCCGUUCCUAACCGAAACAAUCUACGAUGAAGAUGAAGUCUUGUUGGCUCUAGCCGAACAAUUGGGUAAUUUUAUAACGUUAAUCGGCGGGCCCGAGCACGCGUAUUGCUUAUUGCCUCCGCUUGAAAGCCUGGCAAACGUCGAGGAGACGGUCGUUCGAGAUAAAGCCGUUGAAUCGCUACGCGCCGUGGCACAACAACACAACCCUACGGACCUAGAAAAUCAUUUUGUUCCGUUGUUGAAUCGGUUGGCGUCGGGGGAUUGGUUUACAUCGAGAACGUCCGCUUGCGGCCUGUUCGCAGUAUGCUAUGCACGCGUUUCCGCCCAAGUUAAAGCAGAUCUUCGCAAUCAUUUUCGCGCCCUAUGUCAGGAUGAUACGCCAAUGGUUAAACGGGCCGCUGCUUCGAAAUUAGGCGAAUUAGCUCAAGUGGUUGAGCUCGAGUAUUUGAAGUCGGAUUUAAUACCUAUGUUUGUUAAUCUAGCACAAGAUGAACAGGAUUCUGUUAGGUUGUUGGCUGUGGAAGCAUGUGUGAAUAUUGCGGCUUUGUUGUCGCAAGAAGAUGUUGAACAACUUGUCAUGCCCACAUUAAGACAAUGUACAGGGGAUACAUCAUGGCGAGUACGUUAUAUGGUAGCAGAUAAAUUUACGGAGUUACAAAAAGCAGUUGGGCCAGAAAUAACAAGAACCGAUCUCGUCCUAGCGUUUCAAAGCCUUUUAAAAGAUACGGAAGCGGAAGUUCGCGCAAUCGCUGCCAAUAAAGUAAAGGAAUUUUGUCAAAAUUUAGACAAACCUCAUCAAGAAAGUAUAAUUAUGACUUAUAUACUUCCCUGCGUCAAAGAAUUAGUUGCUGAUCCGAACCAACACGUUAAAUCUGCUCUAGCAUCUGUUAUAAUGGGUUUAAGUCCUAUUUUGGGUAGACACAACACAAUUGAUCACUUACUUCCGUUGUUCCUUGCACAACUAAAAGACGAAUGUCCCGAAGUAAGAUUAAAUAUUAUUUCAAAUCUGGAUUGCGUGAACGAGGUGGUUGGUAUACAGCAAUUAUCUCAAAGUUUAUUGCCUGCAAUUGUUGAGUUGGCGGAAGAUUCGAAAUGGAGAGUUCGAUCGGCUAUUAUUGAGUAUAUGCCAUUGUUAGCAGGACAACUUGGUCAGGAAUUUUUUGAUGAGAAAUUGAACGCGUUGUGCAUGAAUUGGUUAAUGGAUCAUGUUUUUGCAAUUAGAGAAGCUGCAACUCUUAAUUUAAGGAAGCUAGUAGAUCAAUUUGGGGCUGAAUGGGCCGAAACGACUAUUAUCCCAAAAGUAUUGGCUAUGUCCAGAGAUCAAAAUUAUUUAUACCGAAUGACAUGUUUGUUCUGUAUUAAUGUUUUGGCGGAAGCUUGCGGAAGCGAUAUAACAACGCGAGUUUUAUUACCGACCGUUCUCAACAUGGCUAACGAUAAAGUAGCGAAUGUUCGUUUUAAUGUUGCAAAAACGUUACAAAAGAUUGCACCCCAACUUGAUCAGGCUGUGAUACAGCCACAAGUGAAACCGGUACUUGACAAAUUGAACAUCGAUUCAGACGUUGAUGUAAAAUAUUCUGCGUCGGAGGCCAUAGCUGGGAUUGCUGCUUUAGGUUGAGCACUCAUUUGCAUUUCAAUUGGGACAUCAAGUAAAGAUUUGAAAGCAAAGUCUCGAAACCAUUAUUAUUUCGUAAAUAACCUAAAUAGAUCGUAAAAAAUAAGUAAAAGUACAUGUAACUGUUGUGCUGAAAAAAAAUUAAUACUGUGUAAAAUAGUGUCUUGCUAGUAAACCUUAGUAUUAUUGAUCAACGGAAAGUAAAAGACCCGAGCGUGGACGCGGAUGUGUGAGAACAGGGAGAAAUACAAAUUAACACUGCUGAAUAUGUACAUUUAGACACUAUUUUGUAUCGAAAUUUUAUUUAUUUCCACGUAAUGGGGGAUUUUUUUUGUUUUUCUAUACAAUUGUUCAAAUAACAUUAAGGUUAUCAUUUAAGAUUUAUUAAAGUAUAGUUUGGCUAUAAGCAGAAUGAUGUGUUUCUCAUCCUUUCAUCUCAAUCAUUUUUUAAGUAUUUUACUAUGUAUAAUAAAAAGUUUACAUUAA